AUAGUGAUUCGCUCUUGCCCUUUCUAUGAAUCAGGCAAGCCAUGGUCGUUUGACCGGUCUGUGUGGCGGCUGACAUGCGAAACGGAACCAUCGCGGCCUCAUUGGGAGGAUGGUCGGUGUGUGAUUGACGCCGGCGGUAAUCUGGGAAGUGUUUCCGGCCAUGGCAUAGGCCAGAGGGACAUGGAAGUCAUCAGAUGCUUUUCGAGGGAGGGCGAGACGGGCAAUGGCGCAGCAGAACCUUGGCUGUGGCUGGGUUGCUCAAAGCCCUUUGCCAAUCGUGGUUCUGUGGCAUAAGCCCCUAUCCCGGGGCGGAUGGCGGCAAGCUGGGCGGGGGAUGGGGAGUGUUGGUGGGUGUGGGUGGGCCAACAACAGAACCUGAAGAUGGAAAAAGACUGCCCUGGCCGACAGGUCGCGCCCUAGGUUCGGCUCCUUUUCCACAGCGCUUGAGAAGACCUGAAGCCCCCACCUGUGGCGAUGCCACAUUGGAAAAGUCGGCAGCAUUCCUAGUUCCGAAACCUGAAGGGGGGAAAAAAUCCAAAAAUCCGUUCGUGCAACCCGUUACGAGUUUCCAGGCGGGAAUGCAUCUAUCCCCUUCCCAAUCGAGGGCCCUACUCACAAGUGACAAUGUCCAUAUCUUGCGCUCUAGCCUAACAAUGGCCGCCGUAGGUAUUUUUCUGCGCAGUGCGCGCUCCGGCAAACAAGCCAGGCGGGUGUCCUGUGACGCGACAGGUCGACGCUCGCCGCUCCGAAACAGAGCCAAACCAAACGAGCCAGCGCCAGGCUACACUAAACAGUGCUGAUGAGCAACGAGAAAAGAGUUCUGUCGCGAACGGUGCACCAACAGCAUAACCUGGAAGGCUAACAUGCAGCUGGCCGCCGGACGGAUGACGGAGGAGGACAUGACCUGAAAGUCAUGGCCUGAUUUUGAGAGCCUUGCUGACUGCUGACCAAGAUGCGACGUGCCGAUGCUUCCUCCCUGCAAAGUCCCAGACCAGAUACGGAACGAACGUGAGCUAGGUGUGA